CUCUGUUUCAUUCGUAGACUGAUAUAAACGUAACAAUGCCGCCUGUGACGUCAAAUAUAGUAUUGAGGGUAUAUGAGAGCCAGCCAAAAGUUGAAAAGAAAAAGCUUAGAAGUCCGAAACGAACAAGAAAGUCACCGAGAAAUAAUCGAAAAAAUGAACAAGAUCUUAAACUUGAUACGAAAGAAAUAUGUGGCAACAGACUUGUGUACACUCGUGACUCUUUAAUGGCAUUCCGGGAUUCCCCCACCUCGAGAGUUGCCCCCAGCCUCCCGAUCAUACCAGGAGUUACAGCACCCAGAGAACCAAAAGAAAUGCCAGAAAGCUUGAAGUUAAAACUACAGAAGAAAGGAAUUAUAAUCAAAGAAAAUGUUCUACCACCUACGUCACAAAACGGCUCAUUGACGUCACAAGUGGAUUCAGUGACGUCACAAAAGGACCGCUCGAAGCAACAAAAGAAACCUCUGACGUCACAGAACACUUCACAUACCUUAAAACUUUGUUCUUCUGACGUCACAAAGCCCCUAUGUGACGCCUUUAACUCGUGCAUGCUUCACGUGAUUUAAACCAUCCGUAUGACGUCAUUAUUACGUCACUAAUUUAAUUUAAAACUCCUGUACACAGUUUUAUAUCCUUUGAAAUUCCACUCUUAUACACCGCGUGUUCCGUUUCAAUGCAAACUUGUCCAUAUAUUUCCUAUUUAUUACUUAGUGUGUUUAAGCUAAUAAUUCGUUGAAUUAGGUCACCACCCGCUUUACAAUUGUUCUUUAAUAAUGGUAUUUAAUGCCGAUAGCGCUGCGUGAUUAUGACGUCACAGGCGCAUGCUCCUCACGUGCGCGACCUCAUUGUUCUUUAUUGUUAAACAAUAAACGUUACUUGUGA